GGUCGACUCUUUUUGGCGCAAGCCCCGUCGUGUGCGAACAACGUGGUAGUAGUGAUUCGAGUCCGCACUCGCUUUAUUCUCUAGUACUGUCAUUGUGACGACAAUCGCGAGCCAUGUCAGAAAUGCAUGAAGAAGAGCAGACUUGUCGGAUCGACGCGGUGGUUACCAAAUACAAGACCGCCGGCGAGAUCGUCAAUCGUACCUUGGCUAAGGUAGUCGAAAUGUGUAAGGCAGGAGCUGUUGUCCUCGACAUCUGCGAGGCCGGUGACAAGAUGCUGCUCGAAGAAACCGCUGGAAUUUACAAGAAAGACAAAGAAUUGCGGAAGGGCAUUGCGUUCCCGACGUGCAUUUGCGUCAACAAUUGUAUUUGCCAUUUCUCCCCGUUGAAGAGUGAGAGCCCUGUCGUACUCAAGGAUGGAGAUGUGGUCAAAAUCGAUAUGGGGGCUCACAUCGAUGGUUUCAUCGCUGUUGUUGCGCAUACGCUAGUCAUCGGAGCAUCGAAAGACAAUAAGGUUACGGGGAAAAAAGCCGAUGUUAUUCUCGCUGCCUACAAAUCAAUGGAAGCAGCUCUGAGGCUUGUGAAACCUGGGGGUCAGAACUCCAAGGUUACGGAAAUAACUUCAAAGGUCUGCGAAGCUUAUAAGUGCGCUCCGAUCGAGGGCAUGCUUUCUCACCAACUGAAGCAGCACGAAAUUGACGGGGAAAAGUCCAUAAUCCAGAACCCGAACGAAGCUCAACGAAAGGAGCACAAAAAAUGCACUUUUGACGAGUUUGAAGUUUACGCGUUAGACGUUCUGAUCUCGAGCGGUGAAGGCAAGGGCCGAGAAACCGAAUCGCGUUGCACCGUCUUCAAACGAACCCACGUUGUCUAUCAGUUGAAAAUGAAGGCUUCUCGAACAUUUUUCUCUGAAGUCGAGAAGAAAUCCUCGCACAUGCCUUUCACUCUCCGCUCGUUCGAAGACGAAACUCGAGCUCGUCUGGGCGUCGGCGAGUGCGUCCAGCACGGGCUUCUGGAUCCCUUCCAGGUUCUCUACGAGAAGGAAGGCGAGUUCGUUGCUCAGUUCAAAGCGACCCUCCUGCUGAUGCCCAACGGAUCUCAUAAGAUCACUGGUUUGCCUUUCGACCCAUCGGUGUACCAAACUGAACAUAAGAUCGAAGAUAAGGAGGUUCUCGAGGUUCUGAAGCAGAGCUACAGCGUUGGAAACAAAAAGAAGAAGCCGGCCAGCAAACCCGAAGACGCAGGUGACUCGAAAAAGUAAAGCUCGACCCAAUCUAUCGAGGCGACAUGCAGAAGGGAUUUUCGAAGGCUAGCUCGUCGCAUCGGGCUCGACUGACCGUGCGUCACCGAUAAUUACCGGAAGGGUUGGUGAACGUCGAGGGUAGUCGGGGGAGAGGAACGAGAGAUCGAACAAAUCUCCCGCUCGUCGGACGAGGAAAAUCCUAGCGAGAAAACCCUUCAAAGAUUCCGAGAGUGUCUUCGCUUGCCGGUAGAACCGGAGGGAUCCCUGUAGCUUCACACACAACUCGUUUUCAGUGUAUAAUAAAAGAGAAUCGGUAAUUUUUUGCGAAAACAAGCAUA